AUAUUAAAUUAUGUAACUUGGGAUACAAAUAAAAAUAAAGGAAUAAUAAAAAUACCAACUUGUUAUAAAAAUGAUUUCUAUUCUGCAACGAUUCUAAACUUAGUCAGAAUCAUUUCAAAAAGACGUUAUUUGCGAAAAGUGGUAAUUUCAUGUGUGAAAAUAUUGCAUUUAGAAAUAAAUUACCAAUUAUACAAUAUACCCAACUUUAUCUUUAAUACAGACAAUACUGAAUUAUUAUUGAAAUCAAUUAUUAUUGACAUUUCAAAUUAAGCACAGGGCUUUGAUAUUAUUGAUUCGUCAAAGAAACAAAAAAUCAACAUUGAAAUCGUUGUUUGAAUAGAGCUUAUUAAAAUAUUGUACACAAAAAACAUGGGUGAACAUGCAAUAAGCAGUCAUCAACAAUUUCGGAAACCCUAUUUAUCAAACUUGUAUUUUUGAAUAGAGAAAAUGGAUUGUAGUGGCAGAAAUAACAACAAACACACUAGUUUGGAACCACUUGUCCAACAAAUUUUUCACCAGGAAGCAGCUUUGACAACAAUCCAAUAAGAAGUUGCAUCAAGAGAAUGGCGCUUCCUAGUCACUUGGAUAGCUACCAAGUAUCCAACCUAUUCAAUCCACCACGUGGAAUUAGGGAUGAAAUGUUGCGGAGGGGGAUAACACCAAGAGAUCACCAUCGUGACAACAAGGCUCUUGUUGCUAGAACAAGUGCAAAAAAUCAUGCUCUAAGACAGAAUCCAGAAGCCUUAGCAACAUUUGGAACUUCUCAAGAAGGCAAUGUGGAAAAAAAGCCAAAGAGGAGGAACGGCAUUGAUUAUGUUUCCAAAAAUGUGAAAAGUGCAAGCAAUACUGCAAGGGAUAGACCAAAAGUGGAAUAUCCAAACUAUAUGAAAAAAGAAAACUUUGGCAAAGUUCCAUCAUAUUUAUUGAGAAUAAAGACGGAACUUGCACAUGACACUGAAAAAAGGUUGUUGGAGAGCCAGAACAAGAAUUUACCACCUGGGUUGGUGCUCAUGGAGGAGGCUGACAGGAUUGAUGUUCUCAACACUCUGAAAAACAGCAAGGAGAAGUUGGAGACCCAGCUGAUGAACAUGCCGCUGGUGAUCCAAACCUCCACACAGAAGCGAAACAAAAGUGAACUGGAGCUCCAGUUGCAAGACCUGGAGAAAUCCAUUAGUCGAUUCUCAAGACCCAAAGUGUACAUUCGACUGAAGGAUUGA